CACUUUUCAUCGGCUAUGGAGACAAUGCUGGUCUUUCGGUCUUUCUUGUUCCAGUUUCAUUUUAGAGUGCUCCAGGGAUCAAUAAAGAGAAAGUUGGAAAGCAACGGCUCACCUGCCAGUCAUGACAAAAUCAAUGAUCUCUCAGAUGGCACAUUCUCAGGCGAGGUUAAAAGGAUCUGCCUGGACGAUGUCAGUCUUCCGAUGGGUCAGGGCGAUGCCUCCAGUGUCCUUCGCCCUGAUGUGCAAAGCUCCUCGCUGCCAAUUGGGCACCGUAGCCAGGCCCUGCAGACCUCUGCCUCCAUGGGCCCCUCUUUGGGUUGUGUUGCCCCAGGCACCAAUGCAGGCCUCAUGGGCAGCAACCAGGCAAACGGGGGUGACAUUGGCUCGCAAUUUGCCGUGACAUCCAACCCGGAGAUGAAACCCAGUGUAGGGGACGGCCACAACAUGUUCUCGUUUGACUCCAAGGCGGUCAACAACAUGCAAACGAUGGACCAGGACUUGGAGGACCUUUUGGAGGAGCUGACCAACAUGCCCAACCCGUCGCUCAACGAACUCGACCUUCUGACCAACAGGAGCGACCCCCUGAACCUGGGCCUCGUGCAGACCAGCCAGGGCAACACUCGGAAGCCAUCUCCUCAGGCGGCCUCCCAUUUGGAGAACCCCAUACCCAGCCGGGAGUUUUCUCCCAAUUACAGCCAGGCACCUGCGGGCUCUCCGCAGCGACGGCCCCCGUCGACGGGUACCUCCUCGUACCCGUUACCGGCGCCGCCCAACCCCAUGCCGCUGCCCAUGUCCUCGGCGUCACAGAACCAGGCGGCGAACCAGCCGCAGCCGCCAUUGUUGUCAGGCGCCGGCGCCAACCGCGUGGGGACCAACUGGCACGAACUGUCGCACGCGCAGCAACUGAAGAAGAUCGCCGCGAGCCAGCACCAGCGCUCCGUCACCCAGCAACCGCACCCGCAGCAGGGCCAGGCGGCAAACUGGCCUCCCGUCCCUUCAUCUGGGCCUUCCCCGCCCUACCGGCCGGACAAGCUGCCGAGCCCCUCCCUGCACCAGCAGCCGUUCAGCCCGCCCAGCGCGAUGCUGCCCAGCAUCCCCGCCUCGAGCGGCACCAUGCAGAGUUACCUCUACAACAAGGCGCCGUCCAGCCAGCCCAACCGCAUCCCCAUGAUGGUGCAGCAGCCAGCAGGCCUGAGCCAGGGCCCGGUGACUGAGAACGCCCUGCCUUCGGAGCAGCUCUCGUUCAGCAACACCAAGCCGCUGUCGCAUUUUGACCCCGACCUACCUGCUCAGAAGAUGUCGCAGGUGGCCGGCACUCAGAGCCAGCCCUCGGUGGUGCAUUACAUGCAGCAGCCCACCGCAGCCGUGCAGCAGCAGCAGCCGCCGCCUCCGCAGCCUGCACCUGCUCAGCAGCCGACAGCCCUGCAGCUGCAGUUUCGAAACAAGCUUCGAAUGCACCAAAUGAGACUGCACGGCAGCCUUCAGCAGUCAUCGGAUCCUAAUCCUGGUAACAAUUACAUAAAAGCCACACCACAUGCCUUCCUGAAGCAGCAACUUCUGAAAAAACAGCAGCAUAAUUUCCUCCAACAGCAGCUCAUGGCAGACCAGGAGAAGCAAAGACAACACGAUCAAAUAAAUGGCCACAUGAUCAGAGUGUCCCCUGAAUAUAAAGAGCAGAGAAGUGCAUUUGGAGUUCAGCAAUUAAAUCAGUUCCAAGCUGUGGCACAAUCUUUGCCUACAAAUUCUGGGCAGCCUUUGCCAACGCCACCGUCUGCCACUCAUUGUGGUAUGAGGCUGAACACUGGGCUUUUGCAAGUGACAUCUCAGAAUAGCCUUGGACCUGGGGUUCCUGCAGUGACGGCCAGUCAGAGUGACCGGACUAUGGGAAUGUACCCAAGUAAUCCCAGCAACCAACAAAAUAUCUACAUACCAUCAUCUGGCAUCAAUAUGCCUCUCCGGCCAAGUCAAAGUGCUUUGGGAAUGAGAUCAACCAGCCAGGCAGUGCCUAGCCAGGCUAUAAUUCGCCAAAGGACAGCAAUCUCGGGGUUUACUGGGUCUGUACCAAACACUGCUGUACCUCCCCAACACAUCAGACAAUCCAUAAACCAGGCAGGAACCAAUAUUCCAGUCCAAGGAAUCUCUAAUGCGUUGGCCACUUCAGGCAUGGCUUCUCAAUUGUGGCCACAGCAAAGGAUUCCAGCAAUGCAAAAUCAGACCAAAAUGGAUGGCAGCAUGCAACAAUUCUCAAAUAGCCCGUUGUUCUCCAAACAGACCAUGAGGUCAAACUUGCAACCAUUUUCUCAUCAAACCAUUGCACCACCAAACCAGAUAGCACCGGGAGGACAGAUGAGGCCACUACAACAACUGAACCCAGCUCAAACUGGACAAAGCUUGGUCUCCAUGAGUGGUCCAUCACCAAGGCAUAAUCAACCCAGGCUAUCCUCAGCAGCUAUGGCUGGCAUGAAGUCUGUCCCACAAGGAAUUACCAAUUUGAGUCAGACCCAUCCUGUGCCAGGUCUUGCUCCAACCAGCUACCCUUCCACCGGCCAGUCAUCUGGAUCCUUCAACCGUAUGAACCCCACCACUGAGGUAUCUUCCUUUGACUUUCUUCAACACAAUAACAGCAAUACCUUGGGUGGAGCUCGGAAUGAGUCUGACUUCAUUGAGUCAAUUAUGAAGAGCAGUAGCAGUAAUGAUGACUGGAUAAAUGACUUAACUCUCGACGACUUUCUGGGGCAGCAUUAAAGUCUGGCUGAUGGGUAUAAUUAUCUGACCUCCAGGCUGUUGUACAUAGAGAGCGCCCAUCUACACAUUGUGGCAUUGGACUAAAGACUAUUGAGCAUGUGUGUAGGUGUGGACACUGUAACUUUCCAGAUACUAGCAGGUAUAAGUCACUGGAUGUACCUAGUGUACUGCCUGCAACACUGAGUUUUAAAGUGGCAAUACAUAAAUUAAUGUAUUUGUUCAAAAUAUUCUGUAAAUUAUGUUUUCCUAAUAAAUAUUGUACGUCAGGAAGGAGUAAUUAUACUUUGUUGGAUCAUUUGUCAAUAAAAUGCAGUAUAGGCAAAAUCAUUGUUUUUAUAUUAGCAAAAUUUGUUUAUUUUUAUUUGGUAUAAAAUAUGCAGACUACAUUGUUCAAUCAGUAAUACUAUGUAUUACAAUUUUAAAAUACAGGUUGUGUUUUUGGCAUGACAUAGGCAGUGCAGUCUUGUGUUGUACAGGUGAUUUAUUCCUGAUUUCAUAGAUCUUCAUUCACCAUCAAUCCCAUUUUGAUUUAAAUAUGUUACCACAGUGAACAUUCAACUGAUGGAAUGGCUGUCAAUAUGAAAUUGCUUUCUUUGUAAUCCGUCAGCUCGUGUUGACACUUUGUACAUUUUAGAUGUGCAUUCUACCAAGAUAUUAUGAACUUCAUAAUGUGUUUGUUGCUGAAACCUUUUGUGACCUUAUGUUUUAUUAGUUACAUGUAUUUUUUUCUCACUGCCAUGAAUGUGUUUCUUUUAUUUUUAAUUUAAUACCAUCUUGGAGCACAAAUAGUAUGACAAGUUUUUGCUUCAUAUCAUAAUAAACUUGCCUUGUGCCAAGACUGCA